GUUGAACAGUUUUUUAAAAUGAUUAACCCCCUAAUAGUUUCUAUUAAAUGUAUCGCCUUAAAAUAAAAUAUGAGUAUUUCCGUAUUUAAGUAUUAGUUCAGAUUGCAAUUGCAGAUACUAACAUAUAGUAGACCGUAGAAAGUUUAUUGAAACUUUUCGCGUAUAAGUCGUGACAUAGUUUCAGUAAAUCUUGGAAUUUGACAGUGUCUUCACCCCAUGGAAGGGAGACAUCACAUCAUGAUCAUGGUGCACAUUUCACAUCAUGUGGUUGACAGCUACUCUUCAAUAGGCCUAUUUAAUCAUCAAUUUACAAAGGUACAAAAUGGCUCAGACUUAGUCUUUCUCAGAUUCCAAUAGAUAUUUGAUACAUAAUAUUCCUUUCAAAUCUUAUGGGUGUCUAUAAAUUUGCUAAAUGAUCAUUUGACUAAUUUAUAACAUGGAAAAUAUUAAUUGCUAUGAUUUCAAUGAAAUAAAUACAUAUUUUUAUCUGUAUUAUAUUCUUUUGUCAAAAGAUUUCUAGCCUCAUUUUGAAUGUGUCCACUGUUACUGCUCAGAGAGCUAUAAUAAAUAAAUUAUUUUAAAAAAAAUAAAAUUACUUGCCUACUAUUAUUACACAUUUGAGAGGGAAAGGAAAACAGUCUUUUAAAUGAACUUUUUGUUAAAAAUUAUUGCUGAUUAAAACUAAGUGGCUCAAUUUAUCUUCCUUUUUAAACUUGCAACAUUGAUAAAUUUGUUAAUCGUCGAUGAUCAUGCUUCAUAGAUUGAGCUAUUUUUCUUUCCAUCUUCUACUGGAGAAUUAUUGAUAAUCUACUGCUCUUAAUUUAAAAAUUGGAUUGUUUAUAUUUAUAUCCCAAGGAACUUUGUCUUUUGCACUUCUGCUUUGUUUUUUUCCUGAAAAUUAUAUUUGUGCCAUUUUAUGAAUUUCCUUGUGCAAUACUUUUUAAAUGUUAAUGAGAAAAAUUUUAAAAAGGACUUCAUUUAAUAUUUUGUAAAAGCUAUUAACUACAUAUAAGUCGCAGUACUCUAUGACAAGGUAAGACUAAAUAAAACCAAAAAAAUUUUAAAUGGUGGUGUGUAUAACAAAUAUUUGAUAACCAAGCUUGAUGAAUGCUGAACACACAGUCACAGGAUGCAAAAAAGUUAAACAUUCAGAAUCAUUGAGUUUUACGAUUUCCAACUUUUGGAUUUCAGCAGAGUGUGAUAACAUCUGCUUGGGUUGUUGUAAUUACACAUCUGUCCAUUUUGGAUAAUUAAUUUAAUGGCUUACUAAUUGUGGAGGCUGCUGUUUCAUAUUCAUAUCUCUCUUUAUAUCUAUAUUUAUUAUUUAUGUUCAUGAGACAAUAAUACCCAAGCACUUUUUAAUUAGUGGCUGACAUGUGGUGAAAAUAUUUUACAUAUUUAAAUUUAUGAACCAUACUGUACUGAGAUUUUUGUUAUCAUAUAAAAUUGACAAUUAUUUUUGGAUGUCAUGCCAGGUAUGCUUUACGCCAGGGGUGGUUAACCUACAUGCCAGUAGAAACCAUUAAAUGCAUUCAGCAAUACCUUCUGGGGUCUUGACUUGAAUCAUUUUUAUGUUAAAUGUAAAAAUUUCCUUUGAAAAUUAUUAGUUAAUAUUUCAAAUUGUAAUAAAAAUGUUAGCAAUGACAAACAUUAUAAAUUGUCAUUUCAAAAUUAAAAAUCAAGCGACCCACCUAUUAAAUGUUUUCCCUGUGAAAGCCCUCUGCACAAAAAGGUUGCCCACCCCUGCUUUACUCCAUGAUCGUUCAUAAGGACUAUGUUUCUUAUAUAUUUUAUAAAAUGUUUUCUUUGAUAGCCAUUUGUGACAUUUAGUCAAGAUGGUUGCCACCAAGCUCUACAUUGGAUAUUUACCUGAUGAUGCAGACAAAGAUGAAUUAGAAGAAAUGUUUAAAAAAUUUGGCAAUGUUGUGGAGUUUGAUAUCUUAAAAGGCUAUGGCUUUGUUGUGAGUGGAAUUUUCAUUAUGCCAGCAUACACAUCUUUAAGACAAUACGAUAUGAUGGAAUCUUUAUCAAAAUGUUACAUUUAUGAAGACUUUAACUUUUAUUAACAUGAAUUGAAAGCACACAUUUAUAAGGUUUACACACAUUUAUAAAAAUUGUACAAGUAUUUAUUUAUAGUUUCAAAGACUGGUCAAGUUUAACUUUAAGACUUUAACUAUAUUUAGGUUAAUAGGUUGGAUGAUUUUUACAUCAUACUUUGAAAUGUUUGAUUCCUCAAUUUAAUACUAAAUGCUUCUUGUUUUUAAUAACUGGCACAGCACUUUGAAAAAGAAAAUGAAGCCAAAGCAGCGGUUGAGGCUCUAGAUGGUCACCUUCACAAAGGCAAUAAUAUUAGAGUAGAGGUGAGAAGUUUGGGCUUAAAAUACUUUUUUUGGAUUUUAGUAGGAUCAAAUAUAAGUCAGGACUAAUAACAGCAAGGAAUUAUAAUUACAUUUAAAUUUUAAUAUAAAAUAAUUGGUAGCUAAUAGUUUGCUUUUUUUCUGUAUAAAGCAUUCCAAAAACCCAAUUUUGGUUGCUUUUAAUUUUAAAUAAUUAUUCUAUACAUAGUACAUAAUAUGUUUAUGGCAGUGGAGUGUUUUUCAACUGGGAUAUCAGGACUCUUAAGUGUGUUGCUGAAAAAUCACAAUUAAAACACCUUCAGUAAAUGUAAAACUUUUAGCCUAAGUUUAUUUUUUUCAGAUAUCAAGAAGUAAAGUUCGUCAAAAAGCUGGCAUGGGUGCAAAAGGAGAAUGCUAUCGAUGCGGUGGUGAAGGACAUUGGUCGAAGGAGUGCCCUAGAGGACCGUAAGUAAUCAGUAAAAUAGAAAAGUUCCUAAAAAUAAAACAAAAAAAAUUCUGACAUCCAUUUUUAUUUUAUCAUCACAAUAAUUUAAUUUUGUGCCAGUUGAAAAGUUUGUUAAUUCUGUGAUCAAAUGAGAAAGAGAAAACCUUUCAAAUAUUACAUUUAAAUGAAUUUCUAGUUCACAUUAGUUUGAGACCCAGGGCCUUGGCUAGCAAGAGUUGCACCAAGGGCAAAGGUUGAAUUUAGGCAUCCUUUUCUAAAAGAAAUGUCCAAACUAAUAUACAUAUUUUGUAAGAAAAAUUAAGAUUUUGGCACCCGGUCUGAAAGACCCUUUGCGCAGCCCCGGACUGACAUAACUUAAAAUUAAAUUAUUUGAACUUCAUUAUUUAUGACAAAAAGAACUUAGGCAUAAAUUAGAUCAUUUAAAAAAGAUAGGAAGAAUGUAAUACCUUUGGCCAAAUUUGAUUGUGUCUAGCUUAAUCCAAAAAAUCCACAUUAUCUCCCCCCUAUUACUAUUACCAUUAAUCCACAAAAAAGCAAGUAUCACGUGCAUAUCUUGCUGUCUAGAAAAAAUGAUUUCAAGGCUUACACUUAUAGCAGAACCAAUGCAAUAAAAUAAUUAGCUUAUUCUACUUUGAUAAUUUAGAAAAAGAAGUGAUUAAAUUUAUGGUUAUACCCUAUCCAACAUUAGUUGCAAAAGGAAAAAGAAAAGUUUAAAAGUUACUUUAAAUUACGGUAUUUGUAGCUAUUAUCCUACAAUUGUUAAUAUUUUAUUUAAAUAGAGAUUUCUUGAGUUUACAAUAAUUGCCAUUACCAUGGAUUAUAUAAGUUUACAACUAAUUAAUAUUUAAAUGGAUUAUUCUUUUAAUGAUUCAGAUCUCGAGGUGGUCGAGGAGGACGAGGCGGUCGCGCAGAGCACGACAGAUACAAUCCAUAUGAUAGAGACCCUUACUACCCUGACCCAUAUGACUAUUAUGCCAGAGCACGGAUGAUACCACCUCAUCCAUAUGAUCGCUACAGAUAUGAUCCAUAUGAACGUCGUCUGCCCCCACCUCCUCUAGCAAGAGAUCCCUUGUAUCGGGACUUUGCCAGGCACUCCCCAGACUACUACAGAAGAUCUUCACCACCUCGUGAUCCUUAUUAUGAUUAUUAUGAGAGGCGAAGGUAUAUGAAACAAUUUUAGACUUGUCAGUUUUACUUUCUCAUAAAUUAGUGAAGUAAUUUUAAACUAGAUACUUUAUUAAACCAAAAAAGAAAAAAACAAAAUUAUAAAAAUAUUUAGCGCUUUGAGCAAACUUCUUAUGAAAAAAAUGAAACAGAAUCAUCUUUCUAGCUUUAGUACUUUUUGAGCUAUGAAUUUUUAAAGUGUGGGUUCAUUUAAUUUUUUUCUCUAUGGACUGCACCUCCACAUUUUGUAACCCAAUUCUACUGAUUAAGUCACAUGUUAAUUUGUUAUAACUCUUGUUUAAAGAUAAUUGUACCGGUCUACAACUUUUAAUUUCAGUAUCAAAGCUAUUUUAAAAAUUAAUAAUAAUAUGCAAUUAACAUAAAAUUGUAUCCUAUUAGCUAUAUACUAUGUAUUAUCAGUAAAUUAAAUGUAUAAGAAAUGGUUGUUUUGUUUUACUAAGUCUGAGGCGUCCAUUAUAUAUAAAUGUCUAUAAUAUGGCAACACGUCCACCUAAAUAAAUACUAGUUAGUUUAAUUUGAAGUUUCAAGUUUUGCUCAUGACUAAUUAAUUAAAGCUUUCUCUGACCAAUGGUUAAAUAGUUUAACCACAGCAAUCUAUUAUGAAUAAACUCUGAGUAUAAAUAGUAUAGUCAUGUGCAAGUGAGUGAAUAGUUGACUAUGUCAGUGGCACUGUACACAGUAUGUACGGUAAUUAAAAUUUAUAAUAUGGUCUCUACCAGGGCUUUAAACUUCAAAUUAAAUAUGUUGUUAAAUGCCUUCUAAGUUUAUUCUAAAACACAAGUUAUCUAUUAUUUUAAUGUAAAUAAUGGUAAUAAUUGAAUAUUUCCUAAGUAUCAGCAUCUUCCUCAUUAAAAAAGGUGCGUGGUCAAUGUUCCCUUUAAGCUGCGCGGCUAGCUAUUUCACAGACACCGCGCAGCAGUUUUGAGUAUCGGCGCAGUAAAUUUCCAUUUAAGUUUGUGGGCUGUAAAAUUUUGCACACAAAAAAAUUGAUGCUGUAAAAUUUUGCACACAAAAAAAUUGAUGCUGUAAAACUUUGCACACAACUGUAUGACUGUGCACACAAACCAGGAAACCUUAGAGGGAACAUUGGGCGUGGUCAGAGAAAAGUUGGGCAGAGUGACCUACAUAAUUUACUGCUCAAACCUAGAAGUGUGGCAUCUCUGGUAAAACACAUAAGACACUUGUAGAUCGAUAUAAACAUGAGGGUUAUAACAAAGCUGAAAAGGGGCAUAUUAGACAUUUUGACUUAUUCUUAAUGAUGACAGAUGCCUUAGGUUAAGCAAGGUUUGUCUCAAAGUUGACCCGAGUGUAAAGGUCAAAGAAAUGAUUGAAAUGUAAGCCCAGAUGAAAGGAUGGAAACAAAUCACAAUUAUGGGACAAAAUUAUUAUUUUAAGAAAAGAAUGAAAUGGCACAAUGAUCAAAAAAUUUAAAACCUGUGAGUUUACCUCGUCGACACCUUACCCAUACACCUGUUUUAGUAGCAGUCUCCCUUGCUUUACCCAAGUGCCUAUUUAAAGACUCAAAUUUUUGUUCCGCUCUCGUCAGUAUUUCACUAAAACCCCCUGUGAAAAGUUUUCUCCAUUCUGGUUUUGAUCUUUCUACUCAUUGAGUGAGGACCAAAUUAUUCUAAUAUUAAGUCAUUUGUACUGGUUUGCUCACCUUGGGAGAUAAAUAUUUGAAUAACAUUUACAGUAAAAAGAUGCUAAUCUGUUAAACAGUGGUCUCAUCAGAUGUCCCUUGGGAAGCCUCAUUUAGAAACAAGAAACAUUGAAAUGAUGAAUUUUAUAUAUACCAUUUUCUUUCUUCUCAGACUGGCAGCCAUGGAUACAUAUGGUGAUAAAUUAGCGUAAGUUCACAUUUGAUAUGGUCCUUUUUCAAGUCCUAAAACAAGUUGUAAUAUGUAUAUAUUUUGGUUUAAAACAUGUUGAGGUAACAAUGACAGGGAAAAUCUCUAUCAGUAUGAUGGAUAAUGAACAGCGGUAUAGCUCCAUUUGAUUCCUGCACCUUUGUUUGUUGCAGAGUUGAAGAGAUCACAGAAGUUACAUGCAAUAAUUUCCAAAGUAAAGUGUCUUAAUAGGAUUUACAUUGAUCUUGUUAUAUAGUUACUUUUAUUUUUUUAUUUAUUAUGCAUAUUUUAUACCGUACUAAUUUAUGGGGAACUUUGGAUCAUUUUGGCAGUGGUCAGUUGGGCAGGAUUAAGCAGCAUUCAGUUUUUUAAGGCCUGUAUAUUUAGCUCUGUUGAUUAUAAUAAGCUUUGGAGGCAUUGCUGAUCCCCAUAACAACCGUCAGGAGGAUAGAUGUCAGACCGUCAGGAGGAUAGAUGUCAGUUGGUCAGAUCUAGCCUGUGUGCAUUGGAGUUGCUUUAGACUUUUAUAAUGUCAAGUUAACAAACAUAUGUCUAUCAUUUCAGUGGAGCUGGUUCGUCGGGGGAUGCAAAUGCAGAUGAAUUUAAAGCUAUUUCAAGAACUACAAUGCAAGGAAGAGUGCCUGGGCCCUACUAAUAACUAGCAUCUCAACCAUUGUAAAUAGUUGAGUUUUUAAUCAUCCUUGGAACCAACUUCAUUUUUUAACGUAAUUCCACAAUUUGUGUUAUGACCUCUUUGACUCAUGUGUUAUUGUAAGACUGAGCUAUCAGCGGGGUUGGAUUUUGCUUGUUUUAAACUCAUGGCGGAAAUUGGAAAUAUUGCCCAUAGUUAUGUUAAUGUUUAAUUAACAAGAUUGUAAUGGUUGAACCAUUGUAAAUGUAUGCUGUUUCAAGGAAAACCUCAAACAAGCCCUUAUUUAUCACACCAGUCGUGCUAUGUUGACAGAGCUUUAUAAACAUUGUAAGAAAUAUAUCACUACAUAGUUGAGUUUUUCAUGUUUCCACUAUAUUAUGAUUUGAUGCUCAAUGCAAUGAGGCUGUAUGUAGAUUUGCUGGUCUACUCACUACAACCUUACAAGCAAGCUAUGAUCACCAGCUGUAAGGUGGAUGAUGCUACAUGAUUUUUGUUCAAUUUGUCCUCUUUUCUUGUCAUUGAAUAGCUUUCUGUUUGACCAUUUAUGAAUGGCUUCAUGUGAAAAUGUGGCAGUAGUCUAAAUAUAAAGAACAUGUUUUGCCAACUGUUCUUUUUCAUAUUUCAUUAUUAAUUAUGACCUGGACCAUUAAAUAUUGUUUGUAUACUAUUA